AUGACGACUGUGGAGCCCCCUAAUGGUCUGCGGCACCGAGACAUCAAGGCCUGUCAGUCAGAUGAGAUCUCCAGUGAUGCUGGGAGCCAUAAUAAUGUGCAGGAGGAACUCCAGAGACAGUGGCAGACACAUGCACAGAAGGUGAAGUUAAAAGUCCUGGAGCAGGUCCAGGACCAACUCAGCGAUAUUCUGGACAAAGCAAUGGCUGAGAGCAUCCAGCCUUUCACCCACAUUCAGCCAACAGUUAAUGGAAAGACAGUAACAAAUCCCUCGUCCAGGUCUCAAAAAAUGGACGAUGGCAAAGUGUUUAUGGACAGGGCAUCACUGUUGGAUGAACUGUUUGAGAUCAACCACAUCAGGACGAUCUACCACAUGUUCAUAGCCAUUCUCAUCAUCUUCUGCCUGAGCACGCUUACUGUCGACUAUAUCGACCAGGGCAGGUUGGUCCUGGAGUUUGACCUGAUUUUCUUUGCCUUUGGGAAGCUGGGGAUAGCCACCAUGGCCUGGAUUGUGAUGUUUGCCUAUACCCUGCUUGUCCCCUACUACACCCUGGUGUUUUGGGGUAACUUUUAUCACAGCUUUCCCUCCAAGCUGGGACUGUCCCUAGGGACAGGGUUGAUCUUGUCUGUCGUACAGACAUGCGUUUUGGGACUGUUCCCGAUCUACGUAGUCAUAGACAACCAGUUGCCACCGGCUUCACGGUUCAUUGUGAUACUGGAGCAGAUUCGAUUCCUGAUGAAGAGCUACUCAUUCAUAAGAGAAACUGCUCCUGCUAUAAUGAAGAAGGCACCAAGGGAAGGAGAAAGACCCAGAUUCCCAACAUUUUCCAGCUAUUUGUAUUUCCUCUUCUGUCCAACUCUCAUCUACAGGGAAUCAUACCCUCGGAAUACUCACAUAAGAUGGAAUUAUGUUGGCAUUACUGUUGGCAGGCUCCUGGGCUGUCUGUUUUAUGGCAACUUUAUCCUGGUGCGCCUUUGUUUGCCCUUCAGACCCGAAACCAACCGGCCUUUUAGUAAACGAUCUAUGGUUCUGUCUGUGUUCCACUCAAUAUUACCAGGUAUAAUGCUCCUCCUGUUGGCUUUCUUUGCCUUCUUGCACUGCUGGCUCAACCUCUUUGGGGAGCUGCUGCGUUUUGCUGACAGAAUGUUCUACAAGGAUUGGUGGAACUGUACAUCUUUUGCCAACUAUUACCGUACCUGGAACAUUGUAGUUCAUGACUGGCUGUAUUACUAUGGAUACAGAGACUUGCUUUUGCUGUCGAAAAGGAGAUUCCGAACAGCUGCCAUGCUCUCUGUGUUCAUAGUCUCCGCUGCCGUCCACGAGUACGCCAUCACUAUGGGCUUUGGCUUCUUCUAUCCGGUCAUGUUCUGCCUCUUUGCAGUCCUUGGAGUGCUGUUCAAUUUUGCCAUGAACGACAAGUGUCAGAGGCCUGUGUUCAACAUCAUCAUGUGGACGUGUCUCUUCCUCGGUCAGGGCAUGCAGAUGUGUCUGUACAGUCAGGAGUGGUAUGCCCAGAUACAAUGCCCACAGAAAGAGGUAUGUAUUCCACUCACAUGUGUGGGGCUAGUACUGAAAGGAGCAAUGCCAUGAUCAGGCGUGUUCUUGUUUCUUGAUGAUGCUGAUUUCAAGACAACUUUACUAUUCAUUACACCAAAAUGUAGUUUUGUAUCAUUUACUGUACUAUAGAAUUAUGCAAAGUCCACUCUGAUGAAAAGCUUGAGAAACAUGAAACCUUUUUUAUGCAGCUUGUUUGUAGGUAUACACCUGUAAUUGGUCAGUCAGGGCCUCAAAAAGCAUGGAGAGACAGAUAUCACUAUAUUUUAGAGCAGGGGUGGCCAAUUCCAGUCCUUGAGGGCCGCUGUCCUGCUUGUUCUUCCAACUAUCUCUGCCCGACCUGCUGCUGAUUACCUGGCUCAGGUGUGUUCAGCCAGUCAGAAGCUGGAUUUUAAAUGAGGGGGAGGGAAUAACUGUAGUAUUCUGCAGCAGAAUUAGGACCCCAGUUUCUGGCCUUCUUAAAUGGAAAACAAGCCAGUAGGUAAUACAGUAAGACUAAAGCACAGCAACAAACUCAUUAUUAUAUGAAAAGAUUAUAUAACUGGCAUUUGAGUAGUUUGGCGUUAGGAUUAGAUGUUGGACAUCACACAGAUGCCAGUGAAUAGAUUAAUCAGACUGUUUCAUCAUCCUGGCUUUGUCAUCUGUUCUUAACCACAGUCAUUCAUGAAUAUCUGUUGCAAAACAGACAUGCAUAUGUGUAGACAUGUACAAAGUGCAUGAACUCUGUUCUUAAAGAAAUA